UGUUAUUUCAUAAGCGGCCGCCGCGGCCACCGCAUCUUAUUUAAACUUCCGCCAAACCCAAGCUAAAAUUGCUGCGCGUUUUUGUUUCUCUGCCAAAGACAUGCCACAAGAACUCCCUGGGCUUUACUACGAUGAUGAGAAGAACAGGUAUUUCCCGAUUAAACCACGCAUACCUGGAUCGUCUUCCGUUCCGCCGUCCCAAAACAAGCCUCUUUCUAGCUCCGUUCAGGCAACCAAGUUAUUUCCACAAACCAGUGCUCCUACCUCUAGGCUUCUUCAUCUCAGAGAGUUGAACGGCGGUUGUUUUUGUUAUGAUCGAGGGAGGCAUAGCUUUCAGGAGGAAUUCCACAAGUUACAUGCGUCUAAACCCGUGGUUUGGAGAUAUGGUGGGACAGACACAAAUUUAACAGGAGUCAAUAUACGUUUUAGUGCUUUGGAACAUACUCAAAUUGAUGUACAGACACUGGACGGUCAAAUGGAAACAGAAGUUCUGCUUGCGGGCAGUAUAGAUGGCUCCUUGAGUCUCUUGAAGGUUGGAAGUCAACACCAUUUUGACUAUGGGAUCACGUACAUUCCUAAUCAUGUUUGGCCUUUCACCAAAGGGGAGGCAGAAAAUGGAAAAACACCUCCUUAUGUCUGGAGGCCUGCAGCUGCUCCACUCCGUAUGCCAUCAAGAAUAUCUUCUCUGAGAUUGUGUGAAAAGCAAUCUUUUUUUUCAAACAAUGAUUCCAAAGUCCAAUGCGCAUUGAUAACUACACUGGGAUCUGAGAAUUCUGGUGGAUUUAUUUAUAUUCUUAAUCUCCUGGAACCAGUGGAUUUUACUUCUCGAUUGGAUCAAAGGCUACGCACGGUUGCUUCUUUUGACCAUACCAUUUGGACUGCUGAUUAUAAUUCUCAUAAAGCUCAAGUAGUAAUUGGAACCAAUGCUGGAGCUGCCUUGGUUGAUGUCGAAAGAGGAACAUCAAAAUGGGUGUGUCGUAGUAAAAGUGAUGUUUUUGCACUACAAUUUGAUCAGACAGGAAAUAUUGUUCUUUGUGGACUCAGAAACGGAGCAAUUGUCACUUUGGAUGUUCGUGAGAACCAGGAGCGCAUAGUUUCUAGACUUACUAAGCUUCAAACACCAUACUCUUCAUCAGGAAGAAGUAAUCGGAGAAAAUGGUUUGAGAUCAGAGGACUCGUAUCUCCUUCUCAUACAAUUUAUAUGCCAUCAUCUAUUUCUAGUUUGGUAUCACUUCAAUCCUAUGAUCAAUACUUCUUAGCAAGCUCGAUGGAUGGUUGGAUGAAGCUUUACGAUCACCGACUAACUAAGAGAGGGGCUGUACAAUCAUAUGGAGGGCAUGUGAAUUCCCAUUCUCGUAUACAGCUUGCAGUUGACCAAUAUGAGAGAUUUGUUAUGUCAGGCGGUGAGGACUGCUAUUUACGAUUGUGGAGUAUCAAGUCUGGAAGCGUGGACCAUAACUGUGGGGCAUGGCUUGGAUCAGAAGAAGGGCUAUUCCACAUGAAGUGGCCCUGAGUUGGAGGCGUGGAUUUUUGUGAGUGAGACUUGACGCUUUGAACUCGCCAGGGUGGAUUCUUUAUGGUUUCUGGUGGUGCAAUGCCUAGAGGCCAGCUUUGAUGAUAGUAGUUUUGGGGGUAGAGGGGGAGAGGGUUUGUAAUUGUGUAUUGUAGAGGGGGAGAGGGUAUGCAAUGGGAUAAGGAUUUGCUUCUUGAAACUUCUUGUGAACAUAGGAUGAGGGAAAGGUGAUAAAAUAAAAACCGUAGUUAAAUAGAGGUUAUGCAUUCAAGUCAAAAGGAUAAGGGUAUG